ACAUACAUACAUAGAUAAUUAAAAAAUAUUACACCACAUAAUUUAGUAAGAGAUGUUUUUCUUUAAGAAAAAAUAAUAUUUAGAUAAUCAUAUUCAGUAUAAUUCAUUAUAGUCAUUUGAAACUAGGGGCUUGGCACAUAUUUGCUGUGUUGCGCUAGAGGCCAUUUAUUUUAAUACGGGGUAAACUCUACACUCACACAAACAAAUCACACAUGCAAAUAUUCAUUCUGUCAACCAACAUUCCGGGAAAGAUGUAAAGGUGACAUCCUCUCAUUACUCCCUCUGCUUCUUCACACUUUUCAAAUACAGCCUACAGUUCAUUUCAUGAGCCACACUUUGUCGCAGCUGAAUAAGAGUAUCUCUGACACGUGGCGAAGGAAGAUUGAUAGCUAUGUUAAGUAAAUUGUUUCUUUUCCUAGGCUGUCUUAGUGUGCAGAAAACUGAUGCAGAAAUGUAUGUCAUCUCUCAGGGGCAAGGGUUACAGUUGCAGGGCAACUUCUCCAUCGCUGGACUGUUUCCUCUCCACUACGCAGAUGAACCAAGUGGUGAUACACCAGCUCUGGGUCUUUGUAAUGAAGGCACACCUAACAGCCAUGGGUAUCAUCUGAUGCAAGCAAUGAGGUUUGCUGUUGAGGAGAUCAACAAUCGCAGUGGUCCACAUCAUCUUUUACCAGGAGUGAAGCUGGGCUACCAGAUGUACGACAUCUGCUCUGUGGCAGCCAGUAUCCUGGCCUCACUGGAGCUGCUACAACAGCAGACCCAGAACAGUUCCACACCUGGGAUAGAAGAAGACUCAGGCUACAGCAACAAAGCAGUGGCAGUGAUUGGGCCAGACAGCAGCAGCAAAACAUUUACCCCUGCUUCUUUGCUGGGGGUCUAUCUCAUGCCACAAAUCUCUUAUGAAGCAACAAACGAAUUGCUCAGCAACAAGAUCCUUUACCCUGCCUUUUUACGCACAAUCCCCAGUGACAAGAACCAGGUCCAUGCUAUGAUCCAGCUUCUGAUUCGUUACAAAUGGACAUGGGUUGCUCUCUUGGGAAGUGACAACGCCUAUGGCCUAACAGGCAUGCAGAGUCUUUCCAAACAGGCACCAGAGUAUGGAAUCUGCAUUGCGUAUCAAGGAGUCAUCCCAUCACUUAAAGCUGACACGGUUCAGACCAUGAGAAACAUGGUGGAGAACAUACUGAAGACAAAGGUCAACACUAUAGUAGUCUUUUCUAGCAAGUCCAAACUCAGUGGCUUUUUUCCAUAUGUUGUUGAGCGUAAUGUGACAGGUAAAGUAUGGAUAGGGACAGAGGAUUGGUCUGUGGCCACUCUGAUCUCAGGGAUACCAGGCAUUCACACUAUUGGCACAGUGAUCGGGGUCUCCAUCAAAUCUGUAGUUUUCUCUAGUUUUGAGGACUUCAGCAAAAAAGUAGUUCAGGCUUCACUGCAGCACACUGACACCCAGAAGACCUCAAUCUCAGAUAACGACUGUCUCCAAAGUACAGACCUCUACAGCUUGGCCAGAAAUAACUUCUCACUGGAGCAAUAUGACAUCAACUCUUCCUUCAAUGUGUAUAAAGCAGUUUACGCCGUUGCCCAUGCUCUACACCAGGCCCUCCGCUGUAACUCUGAAGUGUGCCAGCAUAGAAAGGUGCAUUCAAGGGAGCUUCUUUUCUGGCUGAAGAAAGUUCAAUUCUCCCUAGGCGAAAGCUUUGUGGAUUUUGAUGAGAACGGUGAUCCAAACUCAGAGUAUAACAUUGUUACCUGGGUUUGGAGAAAGGCCGUCUGGACUCUCAGAGUGGUGGGAUCUUUCCAGGGAGAUUCUCUUAGGCUCACAGUGGAUGACACUCAGAUUGAGUGGCAUAAUGCCGAAGAGUCAGAAUCAGUGCCUCUGUCGAUCUGCUCUCCUCCCUGCCCCAGGGGCCACAAGAGGCUGCUGACAGGGCAACACAACUGCUGCUUCAGCUGCCAGCCCUGUCCUGCUGCCACAUUUCUCAAUAUGAGUGACCCAACUAUAUGCCAACCGUGUCUGCCAGAACAGUGGUCUCCACCGAUCAGCGACCACUGUUUGAAUAGAACGGUCCUGCUGCUGGCCUGGGACGCCCCCCUCUCCAUCGCCCUGCUCUUCUUUCUGGCCACCUGUCUUCUCAUGACCCUCAGCUUUGCAGUCAUCCUGCUGGUUAACCUUAACACGCCUGUGGCUAAGUCCGCCGGAGGCCGCACCUGCCUCCUUAUGCUGGCAGCUCUGACCGCUGCCACCCUCAGCUCUUUAUGCCAUUUUGGCCCACCGUCCUCUCUGGCAUGUAUCCUGAAGCAGCCCCUAUUCAUCGUCAGCUUCACCGUGUGCCUGGCGUGCAUCACUGUGCGCUCCCUCCAGGUUGUCUGCAUUUUUAAAUUUGCAUCCAAACUGCCACCAGCCUACGACAAAUGGGCCAAGAAGCCCGGGCCAGAGAUCACCAUAUUCCUAAUGUCUGUCGUCAUCUUGUUAAUCUCUGCUCUCCGCGAGGCCCUUAACCCCCCGAAGCCUUCUCAGGAUCUUAACUUCUACAAAGACUCAAUCAUCCUGGAGUGCAGCAACACUCUGGCACCAGGCUCUAUGCUGGAGCUGGCUUAUGUCUUUCUGCUCAGCGCCCUCAGCUUCUGUUUUAGCUACAUGGGAAAAGACCUCCCAGCAAAUUACAACGAAGCCAAGUGUGUCACCUUUAGCCUCAUGGUGUACAUGAUCUCCUGGAUGAGUUUCUUCACCCUGUACCUUAUCAGCAGAGGUCCAUUCACUAUGGCUGCUCACGUGUUUGCUAUCCUCUUCAGCGUCCUGGCUCUGCUUGGAGGGUACUUCCUCCCCAAAAUAUAUAUCAUUGUCCUGAAACCACAAAUGAACACUACUGCACAUUUCCAGAACUGCAUUCAGAUGUACACAAUGAGCAAACAGUGAAAGAUACCAUACCCUAAUUUAAUGUAAAGAAUGUGGAUAUAUAUAAACUUUAGCUAAAAUAAUGUUUGUUAUACAAUAAAAUCCCCGAUAUAAUUCAUAUAAAAAUAUGGAGGCAUCUGUGGGAGAUAAGGAUUCAAUGAUUUUUCUUGUAACACCAAAAUAUGCCCAAACAAAAAUGUUUUUCUGGGACCAGGAUAUUAAAACAAUAAACAGUGAACAAGAAUAAUAAAUAGACUAGAAUAUAGUUAAAACACUACGGAAACAGUAAGUAAAACUGACAAAUGGAAAUUUGUGUCCAUUUAGAUUUUUUAGAAACAUGAUAUUUUGUAGUGGUGAAGCUGCUGUACUACUGUGCACUGAAUACACUAUACCUGGAGAAAGCCCGAACACACACACAGGGAGAAAUUGCAAGUUUCCUUGUAAAGAAUAGAAUAUCUGGGGAUUAAACUAAAUAACAACAGUGACCUUCUCUCUGCAAGGCUACGUCUUCUGUCAGUACCCAAAAUAAAUUACUAUUAACGGUGUAUGCUAAAAUAAUUCAGAAACUACUACGGUAAUGUAUGGAAAACACAUUUAUUGGUUUCAGUAGAAAAGUUAUUGAUGGAGCACGAAGCCAGAUUGAACAUAUGGUUGUGAUAAGAAAUGCCUUUUCUAGAUGAUACUGAACGGAGAGAUAUGCGUGGAGGAGACACUCUAUUUUAAUGGUUUAUAUUAGCAUCACAAAGAGCUGUGACAACAGGAGGACACAUCAAUAACUGAGAGGUGAGGACGACCACAGCCUGAGCAGCAGAGAUAAAACCAUCCUCCAGAUUUAUAUCACACCACGAAUGAUAUGCUGUCAGGGUCUUAUCAUCAGACACUGCUGCUUAUCACACACUGCAGUUACUAAUUACACACAGCAGCUGAUGUGCACCCAGGGAACACUUCAUGAUAAGGUUAAAUGUAAUAGGUAGCACUGAGAGGGAGUGUCAAUUACAGCAGUAAAGAGAUUCAGAUUUGUGAGGCACUCACGAGGUUAACAUUUAGGAAGAAUUCCCAAUCUCUUCAAUCUUUUGAGGUGUUCUGUUCAAGUUUGGUUCUAUCACAUUUUUUCUAUCAGAGUUAUUUCCUAUUUUGAACUACAUUAAAUGAUACUGAUGCUUAAUUAAUCAAUGAUGCAAUGGGAGAUCACUGACUCCAGCAGCUGUUUAACAGCUUGUAACAUUGUUGUUGCUCCUGUUUUUUUAUGUGCUAUAAAUAAAUUCUGAGAAAGAUGACUUUACAAACUUUACAUAUCAAUGUUUCUGUUGAAACAAAACUGGUUCAAACUCAGUCCUGGUGGUUGGUGUGCUGACAACAAAAGUCCUGCUUGUUCAUCCGUGGCACACUUCAACUGUUGACCAGGAGUGUUAGGGCUGUGAGUGGACACAGGGACUGUGGGAAAGCCACGCUCAGAUUCUACUCACACAUUUGCUGGUCAAUAGCUCUGACCUCUCA